UUCAGACUGUCUGUGUACUGUGUCUGUGCACUUUGUGUUAUUACUGGUAUUGAGCAUCCUCUGGUGCAGCAGCAGCCCUCCCCCUCCUCUCCAGCAGAAUGCCCGACAUGCAAACGGAAGCAGGCGCUACCAUUUUGAAACACAGCACCGCCUAGCGCCAUGGACAAGAGCAACACAGUGAAGCUCUUCGUGGGCAACCUGGCGUUGGACACCACCCAGGAGGAGCUGUCGGCCAUCUUUGAACCGUACGGCCAGGUGGUCAGCUGCAGCGUACUGCGACAGUUCGCCUUCGUCCACUUGCAGGGCGAGGGCUCCGCCGACAGAGCCAUCCGGGAGCUCAAUGGCCGGGAGUUUCGCGGACGCAAUUUGGUUGUGGAGGAGUCGAGAGGACGGCCGUUACACUCCACCAAGGUGUUUGUGGGUAAUCUGAGCGGGAUGUGCACCACGGAGGAUCUCCAGCAGCUGUUCCAGACGUUUGGAAAAGUUCUGGAGUGUGAUAAAGUUAAAGCCAGGCAUUCCUCUUCCGCAGGCUAUGCCUUUGUCCACAUGGAAAACAAGGAAGACGCGCUCCAGGCCAUCGAGGCCCUGCACGGCACAUCGUUUAAGGGCCGCCCGCUGUCCGUGGAGCUGUCCAAGGUCCAGCCCAGCAAGCAGGCCCCGACAGGAAAGAUCCCCUGUGUGAACUGUGGGAAGCAGGGCCACUAUGCUGGAGAGUGUCCCGUGGGAAAGCCCUCUCUGGAGCAGUACCAGAGUCAGGCGGCCGUCCUGGCUGCCGCCGCUGCUGCCGCCGCCGGCCUGCCUCUGCAGGUCCAGCAGAGCGUGCACAAUUCAGUCUACAACACCUCCACCUUUGACCCCACAUAUGCUGCUCUCACUGGGAUCACCACUGGCACACGCACCGAUGGAAACCCAGUGAACCCAGCUGUGUACGGGGCCCUCGCCAGCCAGGUGUAUGGUGCCAAUGUCGCCAGUCAGCUUUAUGGACAGGUGGCCAAUCAGGCAGCUCUACAAUCAGGCGCCACCCAAAUGUACAGCUCCAUGAAUCCCAACAUCUACGGCCAGAUGACAGCGAGUCCUGCGGCUGUUGCUGCUGCCGCCGCCGGUUACUCACCUCAAGUUUACACCCCCAGCAUGGCCAACUCCCACGUCUAUCUGACUGCUGCUCAUGGAUUAGAUAUGUCCUCAGCGGGCGGGGUCAACCCCGGCUACACUGUAUCUCCAGCAAUUUACGGUGGCGCUGGGCAAGCCUACGCUCACAUCAGCGCCCUACAGGACCCAACAGCCAUCUUUGAGGCAGCCAGGCAGGCACACUACUUCGCUCAGGGCCAGCAGGUGAUGGCCGACCAGCAGCAGGUGGCAGCCGCCGCGGCCGCUGCAGCAGCAAAGGGAGAGCGGGAUCGCAGUCCGCUACGGAGGUCUCUGCUACCAGACCCCGUGAUGAAGCCGUUCAUUUACCAGAGAGCCAAGCCGCGGCGACCCCUCCUCCCCACGCCCGCUGGCCGAGCGGCAGAAGAGGCAGCCGAGGCUGCAGAGGACCCCAUGGCCAGGUACUAUGCAGAGUACUACCAGCAGUUGCAGCAGUAUCCUCAGUUCCAGUACGCCUACCCUCCGCCGGGCGCCAUGGCCGCCCUCCAAAGCAUGCAGGGGAUGCAGGGCAUGCAGGCGAUGCAGGCGAUGCAGGGGAUGCAGGGCAUGCAGGGGAUGCAGGGCAUGCAGGGGAUGUCGGGGAUGUCGGGGAUGCCUGGCGUCACGGCGAUGUCGGCCCAGUCGGUGGCUGCGCUGGAGUCCCUCAGGCCAGUGGUCCCCUCAGCUUCGGCAAUGGCAGCCGCCAUGGCUGCGCCAAGGGUGUAUGAGCCGCCGUUGCCGCCGCCCACGCGCAAGGAGGCCAUCCUCCGCCGCCCCGAACUCUCCCUUCACACGCCUGAGCCCCCCUUCCGAUAGUCGCACACAACUCUCUGCCCCCACCCCUCCCUCUUUGCCCCGAACCCUCUUCCUGCUCCCCAAACUUGACCACCUUACAGCAGCUGUAUGUGUGUGAGUGUGUUUGUGUGAGUCUGGGAGAUUAAGUGUGUGGGGUGGGCUUUGAAACUGGGGGCUCCUGGGUUUAUUAACCUGCUUUACGAGGGACUAACCUUGGUCCUGUUUGCAGACACACAGUGCAGCCAUGAAAGGGAGGCUCUCCUCUUUGGUACGGGCAUUCUUUGUGCGUCUCCGUUUUACUUUUUUAUCGUGCCAGUCUCACACUUGUGCCAGUAUUAGACUGACCCAGUCGGUCGUUUCAUAUGCCUUUUAUUUCCGCAACCCAGUUAUGAUUUUUCUAUGGCCAAAUCUACGAUAAAAUACAUUUUUAUCAGCCAUCCUCCUGAGGCCUAGAUGAUCAGUCAGGGCAGCUAAUUUGAAACCUUUUUUGCCUUAUGUUGGAGAGUUUAUAAAUUGUAAUGUAGAUGAAACACAUAUUGUGUUCUGGUUGCAUUGCAUUGUGUCCAAGAGAACCAAGGUUGACGUGUUAUGCGGGGAAGGGGUGUUUGUCUUGAAUGUGAUGUGGUGUGAACGAGAGAUUGGUGCGGGCUCCUGACCUUGCAGCGCACAAACGCAGCAGCUUAGACUGCACCUUGCAGUAAAAACAAAGUAAAGCACACAUAAUACGUACUGUAUGUUUGGAUCUCUCCUCGACCCCUUUUUCCCCACCUGUGCUCUAACUACCACACUGGAAGACACUGCCUCAUCUCUCUCUCUAACUACAGCUGCCUACCUCUCACAAUGAAUUUCAGUGCAGUCUAUUAUAUUCCACACUUUUCACCCAGUCAGCAUUUUUACUUCCUGCUCCACGAUAAAGGCACACGGUCAGCAGAUAAGGGAGGGCGGGACAUUUGUAGAUAUUCAGUUUUGAGUCCUCCUACGUGUCCAGAGGCCUUUUUUAAAUACAUAGUGUAUGUUUUUGUCUAGUUUUACAUGUUUUUAAGUCAACAUGGGUUGUACUGAAUUGUAAAUGGAAAAAACACCUGACUUCUGAAUGAGCUGUUUACAAAGGAUCUCUUCUGAUAGGAAUCAUGAUAUGUGACAAGCUCACUUAUGUGCCUAUAAGCUUUGAGUGCAUUAAAUGGAGGGAUCUCUUAUUUUUUAAGUGCUUUUUAAUCAUUUCAUGGGGGGGGGGGUUAAAUGGAGCUCACAAGGCUACAAGCUUUAGGACUCCUGUAUAUGAUUUCUUUCAUAUCAUAAGGGUUUUUAAAAAGCCACAAUCUGAGCCUCACAGGUUCAUUAUCAGCCACUGGUUUUAAGCAGGAACAACAGUGAUAGCACCAAUGACGUGAGAGAUGGGGGAAGUGUCUUCCAGUUGCCCCCACUGUCCUACUUUUUUCCAAAAAAACAGACCUGCUGCAGAUUGUCAUUGCAAAAAAAUGGUAGUGCCUGUUUUAAACCGGUUAUUGGAUCUGGUAGGUGGGGUUUGCUGCCUCAGGAACAACAGCUUGACUUGCAAAUACCUUUGUAUGCAUUCUCAAGCUUGUCCCGAGGGGCGAACCCCACCCACCCAUUUUUGGAUCUACAGUCACUUAAAACAAUCACUUUUUUGCGACUACUAUUUGCCGCGGUCUGAUGCACACACAGACAUCCCCUCUGAAUCACCUUACUGCCUCGCUGUUCCCCCCCCCUCCCCUCUACCCCUGUGUUUUUUAGUGGUUAAGUGACUUUUUGCAUCUCACAGUGUAAUCUUUCCGUGUUGUAUACACAAACACAUACCAGUUGCAUCCUUUGUAGAAUUAUGUGGUUUGCGAAAUGUCUUGUUUGCCAUGUUUGAGACCGUAUCUUUUUUUUUAGAGAAGUAUUUUAAUUUAGCCUUUUUUUUUUAUAGUAAAAGACGACAAAGAUAAAAAAUCGGCAUGCUUUUUAUUGAGAAUAUGUAUACUAUAAUCAUUAUUAUAAUAAAGAAUGUUUGGCUGACUACUGUGGUAAAAGAAAGCAAAGGGUUUGGACAUUUCCCCUUCUUGUUUAUGUUGUUUUUCUCCACUAUCUGUUUUUUCUUGUGUAAAAUGACCACCAGACCCAUUUGACUGGGGACCCCGGGGGGACUCAGGUGUAGAUGCUGGCCCAGCUUUGCUUUCUUUGGUCAGGGUAAGUGCGGGUUGGUGCUCCUUUCUCUCUCCAGCCUCUCAAAAUGGGUGCAAACUACAUUUUAAACGAAAAGGGGUUUGCUUUGACCAAUUUAAUUCUGGCUUUAAAUUGAUUUUUCAUCAAUUCAGCACACGGUUGAGCGCUGGGGAGAGGCACACAGAUAGAAUGGCCUGGGUGCAUUUUGAUCUGUGGAGCAGAUUCUGGGGUUGAUGGGUGUUUGCGUCUGGUCUGGUGUCUUCCUUGCUGCACCAAAUUCUCCCCUCCGUGUGUCUCUUGUGUCCACUCUACUCUCAGACCUGCAUGUGUGAUAAUCUGUAACUCUGCCGCAACAACAAGAACAACAAAAAAAGAAAUUAAAAGCACCGCGAAAGUCCAGCUUUGAACUAACUAUCUCAACUGAAUUAGGUCACCGGCCCACGUGGAGCGGCCAGCGUGCAAACCUGUGUGAGCGUGGCGGCGUGAGCCAUGGGGACGACUUUUAGUGCGAGGCCACCGCAGUGGGAACUUGUUCGCUCUCUCCUCACCACCAAGGUAAAUGACCAAAAAAAAAAAACGAAACCAAAAUUCUAAAGCACUGACCUCUCCUCUACCCCCACCUUCCGCCCCUUCCUUUGACUGUGCCUUGACCAAACACUUCCUCACCCUCCUCUCCUCCGCCAUCACCACUUCCCCCUUCCUCCCAAUCCGUAACUCAUCCUCCUCUGCUGCAAUGGCAGGGUCAUCGGUGGGGGGGUGGCAGGGUGAGGCUAGGGCCCCUUUCAGAAGUCCUGCCUAGCAUCAUGGUCCUUUGUCCAGCUAGUGAAUAAAGGGAAGUGUGAAAGUGUGUGUUCAGAAAUUGUACUUCCUUUAUUUGUCCCACAGAGAGGAAAUGUACAUUGUUACAGCAAAAGUACAUUCACUAUUAAAUAAAGGGCAUGCAGAGGUGGGAGAAGUACUCAGAUCUUGUACUUAAGUAAAAGUAGAAGUACCAGAGUGUAGGUAUACUCUGUUACAGGUAAAAAUCCUGCAUUGCAAAUGUUACUCAAGUAAAAGUAGAAAAGUGUUGGCAUUAAAAUGUACUUAAAGUAUCAAAAGUAAAAGCACUCAUUCUGCAGAUUGGUCCAUUUCAGAAUAAUAUAUAUGAUGUGUUUUGAUUAUAAUUAUUGAUGCAUUAAUGUGUUCUCAGAGCUGGUAAAGGUGCAGCUAGUUUGAAUGACUUUAUGUACUGCAGGGUAGCUUGUGAAAUUACUCCAGGUGUAACUAAAGUCUGAUUUAAGAGCUGAUUAUAUCAUUAAUACAAAUCUGCAAAGUAACUAAAGGUUAGAGUAGAAUUACACAGUAGCGAACAAUUGAAAUACUCAAGUAAAGACCAAUUAUCUAAUAAAAAGGUUAGUAUAGUACUUGAUUAAAUCCACUUAGUUACCUUACACCACUGAGGGAUCAUAUUUAAAAUACAAAUUACAAAUGAUAAGAGUUUACAACAGUGAGAAUGGAUGUGUGCAUGUGGGUUUUAUUGAUUGGUGAGGCUUGGCACAUGCGGACGAACCCUUCCCCCUCCCCUGCCCGCUAGUCAAUCCUCUCCACCGCCGUAUUCGCCGCCCUCACCCCGACCCCCUUCCCUCCCGCCCUCCCUCCCUCCUUCCUUUCCUCACCCUCUCUUCCUGUCCCCUAUGCGCCUCUCCUCUCCGCCGUUCAUACACACAGCGCUUUUUUUCCCCCGCCGCCACCGCCGUCGCCACCUUGGAUCUGGGUUUCGUGGCUCUGGCUCGGACUCAACUUCCCAGCACCACCCACCUGACCCAACCCUCCCACCCUCCUUUGUUACCAUAGAGGCCUGGGCGUGCCCUUGGACAGUGUGUGUGUGUGGUGGCCCCCCCCCGCCGGACUCAGUUACAUGACACACAGAGAGACUUCACUGUUGGACGAGUCGCUUUGCUUGAAAUGCUGGGUUUGCUUCUCACAGCUGUGGAAGGGAACUUUAACUCCCAAUAGCUCCCACUCACCUAAAGUGAUACAUCCUCAGUUUCUCUCACCUUUGGGUCCCUCACAGCCUGUGUGCCUAAUCAGAAACAUCCUAUAAGAUAGGCCUAGGUAUGAGGCCAGUCUGACCUGUAGAUUCUCAAUCCCAGGGUUCCUAUAGGACUUUUCUGGUACGGCAGCUUUAUUCCUCUAAUUCUUGGAUCAGCUGGAUAUGUGCUCUGUAUGUGUCACGACCCCCAAAAGUAAUUCAGUAUGUUGAAUGAGUUGUCUGGCAGUUGCUCUGACAGCUACAAGAUGGAGUCAAGAGGGCGUAGACUUGUGUCUGCCUAGCAUACAAAGGAGAGGGAAGAAGGAGGAGGAGAGGGAUGAAUAGAUGAGUUGAUUAAAGGGUGAGUCGGUAGUGGAAGGAGGUCAAAAUAAGCUCCUUAGCCUCACCUUCCUGAUAUUGGAGGACUAUAGUUGAUCGCAAUAAUAUAUAUAUAUAUAUAUAUACCGGCCAGAAUCCAGGAAAGGUGUACUGGUAAGACAGCUUUGACUUCAAGGUUUUCCGAUGUUAUUACUAGAUUCUAGUCAGGAAUAACUGACCCGGUCUCACUGCCCACUCAUCCAAUACCAAUGCUUUGUCUGUGCUCCUCAGAGUCUGAUACUGACACACAGAGGCAGCCUUUACCAUCAGAUGCACCAGGCUUUCUACUGACUCCAAUUCAGACCGAUCUGAGCCAUAUUUAGACAGUUAAGCAACAUACAGGAGCGGGAAAAGUCCGCUUGGAGUCAGUGGGAGGGGAGGAAGAGGGCUGUCCACUUUUCAAUCAAUUAGUCAAGUGAUUGAUGGGUUAGGUCACGGUUUACGAAGAUUUCCUAAGUCAAUUUGUCCAGAUAUGUCAAUUGAAUCAACCAACAGAUUAGCAAAUGAAAACAAAUGUCUUCAGACAAGGACAGCCCUAACAAUAAUUAUUGACUUAUUUUAGUAUGUACUUGACUACGAAAAACGACGUAAUUAACUAACCUUUUUUCCAGGUAUAAACAUAAUUAUUUUGAGAACCACAAUCUUUUCGUUGGCUAAAUCCAAUACUUUUGUUGCCACCUAAACAAGGAGUUACGUUGCAUAAGUCAGUCUAAAAACGAAUUAAGAAGCAGAAAUCCACAAGUGUUAAACUAGAUGAGUACAUAGAGCUUCAAGUCAUAUUGGAUGAGUUGGAAAUGAGAAUGCAUAUUUCAAAUGAUACAGAGUUAAAAAGCUGACUCCCACCCAGGCCUCCAUCACCAGGGCUCGUGGUGCUCCAGUGUUCUUCCUCCCCCCUCCCAGAUCCUCACUAAAGUCUUCUCUCCGGGUGCUUGCGAGUCUGGGCUUCCCGUGCUUGGGUGAAUGCAGCCACGCAUCUCUUCAAACCCCCCCCCCCCCCUGCUCUGAACACACAGUACUGACAGCCAACAGCUCGCUGCAGCAUCCUCCUCCCUUACUUCCACUUCCUCACCUGCUCCCCCCCUCACCUCCUGUCUGUGGUUUGGACAGCUGAAGAACUGCAGAUGCUCUCUAUGUGCACUUCUCUGUACUGUGUGGUUUUGAUGGGAUCCCACAGGUUUCCCUCUGUUCUCCUGCAGCAGGUAUCAGCUGUGAUGUGCAUCUGGAACACACUGAGCACAACCCAUAGACCUUAUUGCCUUUUUUUGAGUUUGCAACAUGAGAUUCUGUAGGUUUAACCGAUGUGACCGAGAAUAUUUUAGCUCUCCUAGCACAUAUGUGAAUAACAGGUAUCAGACUCUGCUCAUAUUAUAUUUAGAACGCAGUAGUCAUACCUCAGCCAUUACCUCAUCUACAGGGGAUUGACAUAAGAAUCAAUAUAAUCCCUGCAUGUAUUACAAAGCUUAUUACACUUGGUAUUAUAAUUGGAAACUCUUAAUGCUGCAGGGUGUGACGGCAAUGCAGUAAGUAAGGAGUACAAGUUAUUUUGUCCAACCCCUGCCUGUGUAAGAGGCUGUCGAUUUCCAUGGUCCAUGUUAUUAUCAAUAUUAGCUUUUAGUAGCAUUAUGUUUACAACUCAUCUGAUUCCUUCAACCCAGUAGUAGCACAGUAACUACAAAAAGGCCCAUGUAGCUAAAAUCCUUCAAGUAGGUUAAUGGACCAAGCCUAGUGUAGUUACAUCUAAAAGUCUGAUUAAUUAUAAUCUACAUCAUCCUAGUUUCCAAAGACACAUCAAGCGUUGACGGUAUAAGGUGUCACCUAGAGAGGAUAGCUAUCUUUAUUAGCCCAUUUCUAAGAAAUCUUGUACCAGCACAAUGUUGAAUGGGAUGGGAGUGUUUAAGUUGAUGACUGUUAGAUGACUCAACAUGUUUACUGUGAAUGACAAAUCCUGAUAUAAACACAAAUUAUAUUGUAAGGUUGUGUAUGCAUAUAUAUGCCUUUUGAUCUGUAUUUCUUAAAAUGUUUUGAGGCGUUUUUCAGUCUGCAUGCAUUAAUAAAACCUUUCUUUUCUCAUACAAA